AUUUUGCUAGUUGGCUAAUGACAGGUUCAGGAAAUGCUAGCUGGUUAGCAUUGCUGUAAACCUUGAUGUAGUUUACCUCGAAUAGAGAAUUAAACAUAACGUUCCAGUGAAUGACUUAUAAUAUAGAGAACUACAGUUUGACUCUCAGGUUGUGGUGAUGACUCGUGAUCUUAUGCUUGGAGAGGAACUGCCCCACUGGGUGGGAGCAAAAGAGUUCCACCAGAAGUACGAGUCCAAGGAGGUUAUAGGCAGGGGUGUAAGCAGCGUCGUCCGCAGGUGUGUAAACAAACACACAGGACAAGAAUUUGCAGUGAAGAUCAUAGAGAUCACGGCAGAGAAGAUGACCGUCCAGCAGCUGGAGGAGGUGAAGAGCGCAACACUGAAAGAGAUCCAUGUUCUUAAUGUGCUGAAAGGGCACCCAUCCAUCAUCACACUUAUUGAUUCCUAUGAAUCUGCAACCUUCAUCUUUUUGGUAUUUGACCUCAUGAGAAGAGGAGAGUUGUUUGACUACUUAACAGAAAAGGUCACUCUCAGCGAGAAAGAGACCAGGAGUAUGAUGCGUGCUCUUCUGGAGGCGGUCCAGUAUCUCCAUUCCCUUAAUAUCAUACACCGAGACCUCAAGCCUGAAAAUAUUCUUCUGGAUGACCAGGGUCACAUUAAACUCUCUGACUUUGGCUUUUCAGUGCAGCUGCAACCUGGAGAAAAGCUGAGAGAGCUCUGUGGUACCCCGGGUUAUCUUGCCCCUGAGAUCCUGAAAUGUUCAAUGGAUGAAACACAUGAAGGAUAUGGAAAAGAAGUUGACUUGUGGGCUUGCGGUGUGAUUCUUUUCACUCUUCUUGCUGGGUCUCCACCCUUCUGGCACCGUAAACAGAUGCUGAUGCUAAGAAUGAUCAUGGAGGGUCGGUAUCAGUUCAGCUCUCCAGAGUGGGACGACAGGUCUGAUACCGUCAAGGACCUGAUCUCAAGGCUUUUAGUGCUGGAUCCCUCUGUCCGCCUGACUGCUGAAGAAGCCUUAACUCACCCCUUCUUCCUUCAGUACCAAAAGGAGGACGUACGACUCUUCAGCCCCAGAAAGACGUUCAGGGUGUUAAUCUUGACAGUCUUGUCCUGUAUUCGUAUGUACUGUCACUACAACCGGUCCAGACCUCUGACACGAGAGCACCUAACGAGGGACCCUUACUCUUUACGAGCUGUGCGCAAGCUCAUCGAUGGCUGCGCUUUCCGCAUAUAUGGACACUGGGUCAAGAAAGGAGAACAACAGAACCGAGCUGCUCUUUUUCAAAACACCACUAAAAUUGUUUUACUCAGUCUUGAGGACCUUGAGAACUAAAUGUCAUUUUAAUUUCUGUUUUUAACCUGUUCAUUAAGUGUUCUUAUAGUAUUUUAUAAAUAAUACAGUUCAGGGUACCGAUAUUAAUCCAGCCACACACACAAAACCACAAUAGAACUAUUUAUUCAUUAUUAAUCAGAGAUCAAUCUUUUUAAGUUUUUAAGUAUGAAUCAACAUGAUCUUUUGAGCCAUUUCCUUUUCUUAAUUUCUAUUAAUUUUCUUUUAUUAAUUUUUAAGUUUUUAUAACUUUCAUAUAUCAGGACAGUUUUAUCUAUUUAGCUGUUUUUGACUAUUUGUAGAAAUGGUCAGUAAAAAGGUUAAAAAGUGUGUAUGAUGGUUACAUUCCUGCUCACUUAGUUGUUUUUUGUUUUGUUUUGUUUUGUUUGUUUGUUUGUUUUUUCCAUUAAAUAUAUUUGAGGUUUUUGUUAUUGAGGUUUUCUCAUUUGACAACCAACACCAUCUUUUUAUCAGAGUACUGUAUUAACCAUCAUCACUGUCGAGAUUGCUGUUAUACUCCUUUAUUAAUGUGUAAUUUAUCUGUUUUAAUAUUCUGAACAUGAUUAAUUAAAUAAAUCCUUACAUUUUAA